AUGGAUGUAGCAACAAAUGAGUCUAGCUUUAAUGGGAUCAUUCACCCAAUCAUUUUCGUAGCAGAUUUCUCGCUCAACAAAGCCACCUCUACCCAGCCAGCCUGCUCCCCGCAGGGGGCCUUUGAGCUACCUGGGUUCUCAGCCAAGGGUGACUUCCUGAUGGGGGGGAUCUUUCCCCUUCACUACCGGGUGGAGCUGCCUGGCACGGACUACACCCACCAGCCCCUGGCAGCACUGUGUCAAGGGUUUGAUCCGAGGGCUUUCCGCUGGGCUCAGACCAUGAGGCUGGCAGUGGAGGAAAUCAACCAGAGUGAGCAGCUGCUGCCCAACCACACGCUGGGGUACAAGAUCUUUGACUCGUGUGCCACACCAGUCACAGCUCUGAGAGCAGUCCUGGCGGUGCUGAACGGACAUGGUGAAGAACAGAGCCCUAUGUGUUCUGGUGCCAGCCCGUUAAUAGCCAUGGUAGGGGAGUCUGGCUCCUCACAGUCCAUUGUUUUGUCCAGAACUCUGCAGCCCUUCAGAAUCCCCAUGAUCAGCUAUUUCUCCACCUGCUCGUGCCUGAGUGACAGGAAAGAAUACCCAACGUUCUUCAGAGUGGUUCCAAAUGACGACUACCAGGUGAAGGCCAUCGCCAGUCUGCUUCAGCGUUUCGGCUGGAAGUGGAUCGGUGUGAUCCGCGAGGACCACGACUAUGGCCACUUCGCCCUGCAGGGCCUGAAGAGGGAGAUCCAGAACACAGAUGUCUGUCUGGCCUAUGAUGAGAUGAUCCCUAAAGACUACAGCAGAGAGAGGGUCCUGCAGAUCCUGGAGGUGAUGAGGCACUCCACAGCACGGGUGGUGAUAGUCUUCUCUGGGGAGGGAGAGUUAUACCCUUUCCUCAAGGAGUUUGUCAAGCAGAACAUCACUGGUACCCAGUGGGUGGCCAGUGAGGCCUGGGUCACUGCCAAUGUGCUGGCAGAGACUUAUCCAUUCCUGGAUGGGACUAUUGGCUUCGCCAUCCGCUCAGGGAAAGUCCCAGGGCUCAGGGACUACCUGCAGACGGUGAACCCCCGCAGGUACCCCUCUAACCCCCUGGUGCAGCAGCUGUGGGAGGCUCUGUACGGCUGCUCUCCCUCUCUGUCCCCCUCCAGCACCCUGAUGCCCCCCUGCUCAGGGCAGGAGACUCUUCUGGAGCAGCACUCAGCCUACAUGAACAUCUCCAGCCCCAGAGUGGCCUAUAAUGUGUACAAGGCUGUGUACGCCAUCGCUCACUCACUGCACAACCUCCUCCACUGCCAGGCUGGGGCAGGACCCUUCCACAACCGCUCCUGCGCUCACAGCACCAACGUUCACCCCUGGCAGCUCCAGAAAUAUCUCCAGGACGUGUCCUUCAACGUAUCUGGAGAAAAUAUGAACUUUGACCAGAAAGGGGACGCCAUCCCGUCCUAUGACCUCAUCAACUGGCAGAGGGGGCCAAACGGAGGUCCCCGCUUUGUCACAGUAGGGCUGUAUGAUGGCUCAAAGGACUCUGGGAAGGAGCUGGCAAUCCAGGAAGAGAAGAUAGUGUGGUCUGAAGGUAUUUAUCUUUGAUUUGUUCAGCUGGUGGUCUCCGUGUGCAGUGCCAGCUGUGCUCCAGGAUCCAGGAAGGCUGUCCGUCGUGGGGAACCUCUGUGCUGCUUUGACUGUGUACCAUGUGACAGCGGCAAGAUUAGUAAUCAGACAGAUUCUAUAGACUGCCAUGAAUGUCCCGAGGACUACUGGUCAAACACUGAUGGAACAUUGUGCAUCCCUAAAGUGGUGGAGUUCCUUUCCCAUGAUGCAAUGGGGAUUGCCCUGACAGUGAUCGCUGUAGUGGGCGCCUGUCUGACCGUGUCCAUCCUGGCAGUCUUCCUCCAUCACAGGACCACUCCCAUCGUCCGCAUCAACAACUCUGAGCUGAGUUUCUUUAUCCUUCUCUCCCUGACUCUGUGCUUCCUGUGUGCGCUGAUGUUCAUCGGGGAGCCCACCUCCUGGUCCUGCAUGCUGCGCCACACCGCCUUCAGCAUCACCUUCUCCCUCUGCAUCUCCUGCAUCCUGGGCAAGACUCUGGUGGUCCUGGCAGCCUUCACUGCCGCCAGGCCUGGAAACAACAUUAUGAAGUGGCUGGGGCCCAAACAGCAGAGGGUCAUCAUAUUCUCCUGCACCCUGGUUCAGGUGCUGAUCUGUGCUGCCUGGCUCAUGGCUGCACCUCCCUACCCCUCCAAAAAUAUCCAGGACCAACGCUCUAAGAUCAUUCUGGAGUGCAGUGUGGGCUCCCAACUGGCCUUCUGGUGCGUUCUGGGAUACAUCGGCCUCUUGGCCUGUCUGUGCUUCAUCCUGGCUUUUCUGGCCAGGAAACUCCCAGACAACUUUAAUGAGGCCAAGUUCAUCACCUUCAGCAUGCUGAUCUUCUGUGCCGUGUGGAUCUCCUUCAUCCCUGCCUAUGUCAGCUCUCCUGGGAAGUACACAGUAGCUGUAGAGAUCUUUGCCAUCCUGGCCUCCAGCUUUGGGCUGCUGUUCUGUCUGUUUGCUCCAAAAUGUUACAUCAUCCUCCUGAAGCCAGAGAAGAACACUAAACAACAUCUCAUGGGGAAGAAAUUGAGGAUGUCUCUGCUAUUCUUGUGGUCUCUAUCUUCCUCCCUCACACUCAGCCCAUCCUCCACCCUAGCCACAGACUCAGAGUGUGUUCUGCUGAGUGGCUUUGAUCCUGGGUUUGUGGCUGAUGGUGACUUUGUCAUUGGGGGUAUUUUCCCCCUGCACUACAACCAGGAGAUGCCAGACGUCAACUACACCUACCAACCAACAGCCGUCAGGUGCAAUGGGUUUGAUCCGAGGGCUUUCCGCUGGGCUCAGACCAUGAGGCUGGCGGUGGAGGAAAUCAAUCAGAGUGAGCAGCUGCUGCCCAACCACAUGCUUGGCUACAAGAUCUUUGACUCGUGUGCCUAUCCUCUGACAGGGCAGAGGGCUGCUCUGGCAAUGUUGAAUGGACUGGGCCAAGCUCACACUCACAUGUGUUCUGGUGCCUCUCCUCUCCUGGCUGUUAUCGGAGAAUCCGGUUCUGCUCAGUCUAUUGUCGUAUCCAGAAUCCUGCAGCCCUUUAAAAUACCCAUGAUCAGCUACUUCUCGUCGUGCGCGUGCCUCGGUGACAGGAGGAAGUACCCCACCUUCUUCAGAGUAAUCCCCAACGAUGACUACCAGGUGAAGGCUAUGGCUCAGCUGCUGGUACGGUAUGACUGGCGCUGGGUGGGGGUGGUGCGUGGGGACCAUGAAUAUGGGCACUUUGCCCUACAAGGGCUGCUGAGGGAGCUAAAGGGGACGGGGGUGUGUGUGGCCUACCAGGAGAUGAUCCCUCUGCUCUACAAUCAGCAAAGGGCCCUGGAGAUCAUAGAGGUCAUGCGUAGCUCCACAGCGCGGGUAGUGGUGGUGUUCUCUGCCGAGGGGGAAAUGACCCCCUUCCUGAAGGAUUACAUGGCACAGAACAUCACAGGGAUCCAGUGGGUGGCCAGCGAGGCCUGGGUCACUGCCUCGCUCUUCACCACCAGCGAGUACUUCCCCUACCUGGGGGGCACCAUCGGCUUUGGGAUCAGGCAGGGACAAAUCCCAGGGCUCCGGGACUACCUGCAGACGGUGAACCCCCGCAGGUACCCCUCUAACCCCCUGGUGCAGAAGCUGUGGGAGGCUCUGUACGGCUGCUCUCCCUCUCUGUCCCCCUCCAGCACCCUGAUGCCCCCCUGCUCAGGGCAGGAGACUCUUCUGGAGCAGCACUCAGCCUACAUGAACACCUCCAGCCCCAGAGUGGCCUAUAAUGUGUACAAGGCUGUGUACGCCAUCGCUCACUCACUGCACAACCUCCUCCACUGCCAGGCUGGGGCAGGACCCUUCCACAACCGCUCCUGCGCUCACAGCACCAACGUUCACCCCUGGCAGCACUAUCUGCAAGAACUUGCCUUUUACAUUUCUGGGGAGGAGGUGAACUUUGACCUGAAAGGCGAUUCCAUCCCGUACUAUGACAUCAUCAACUGGCAGAGGGGCUCGGGUGGGAACAUGGAGUUCAUCAACGUCGGUCUGUUCGACGGAGCAAAGGCCUCUGGGAAGGAGUUGGUGAUCCAGGAGGAGAAGAUCGUGUGGGCGGGGCAUCAGAGCAAGGCAAGCUGCUCACACUGUGUAUUUAACCACAUCAGAUGCCAACUAUUGACGUUCUGUAGGCUGGUGGUCUCCGUGUGCAGUGCCACCUGUGCUCCAGGAUCCAGGAAGGCUGUCCGUCGUGGGGAACCUCUGUGCUGCUUUGACUGUGUACCAUGUGACAGCGGCAAGAUUAGUAAUCAGACAGAUUCUAUAGACUGCACAGAAUGUCCCGAGGACUACUGGUCAAACACUGAUGGAACAAUGUGCAUCCCCAAAGUGGUGGAGUUCCUUUCCCAUGAUGCAAUGGGGAUAGCCCUGACAGUGAUCGCUGUAGUGGGCGCCUGUCUGACCGUGUCCAUCCUGGCAGUCUUCCUCCAUCACAGGACCACUCCCAUCGUCCGCGUCAACAACUCUGAGCUGAGUUUCUUUAUCCUUCUCUCCCUGACUCUGUGCUUCCUGUGUGCGCUGAUGUUCAUCGGGGAGCCCACCUCCUGGUCCUGCAUGCUGCGCCACACCGCCUUCAGCAUCACCUUCUCCCUCUGCAUCUCCUGCAUCCUGGGCAAGACUCUGGUGGUCCUGGCAGCCUUCACUGCCGCCAGGCCUGGGAACAACAUUAUGAAGUGGCUGGGGCCCAAACAGCAGAGGGUCAUCAUAUUCUCCUGCACCCUGGUUCAGGUGCUGAUCUGUGCUGCCUGGCUCAUGGCUGCCCCUCCCUACCCCUCCAAAAAUAUCCAGGACCAACGCUCUAAGAUCAUUCUGGAGUGCAGUGUGGGCUCCCAACUGGCCUUCUGGUGCGUUCUGGGAUACAUUGGCCUCUUGGCCUGUCUGUGCUUCAUCCUAGCUUUUCUGGCCCGGAAACUGCCAGGCAACUUUAAUGAGGCCAAGUUCAUCACCUUCAGCAUGCUGAUCUUCUGUGCCGUGUGGAUCUCCUUCAUCCCUGCCUACGUCAGCUCUCCUGGGAAGUACACAGUAGCUGUAGAGAUCUUUGCCAUCCUGGCCUCCAGCUUUGGGCUGCUGUUCUGUCUAUUUGCUCCAAAAUGUUACAUCAUCCUCCUGAAGCCAGAGAAGAACACUAAACAACAUCUCAUGGGGAAUAAAAAGUAGUUCAUAAUAAGUAAUGCAAAAUGUAUUUUUCCUUAUGUGCUUUUGUUACUUAAAAUGUACAGUUUAUCAUAUAUGGGCUACAAUCUGCACUGAGUAUACAAAACAUGAACAACACCUGAUCUUUCCAUGACAUAGACAAACUAUCUGAAUCCAGGGAAAAGCUAAGAUCCCGUAUUGAUGUCACUUGAUACAUCUACUUCAAUCAGUGUAGAUGAAGGAGAGGAGACGGGUUAAAUAAUGAUUUUUAAGCCUCGAGACAUGGAUUGUGUAUGAAAGAUUAGUGGAAUCUGUGUGGGUAGCA